UCAUUUACUUGAGUAAACAGAUUGCAAAAGAGUCCGGUGAAAGCUCAUUUGUACCUGUGCUGACUGGUGCGCAAACAUUUCAGGUUUUUCUUUUGUCUGCAAAACUGGUUUUUAAUCUUAUUUUUCUACAAUGUCAAAAGACAAAUACCUAGUGCUGGAAAACUAUAUUGGUGGGAAGUUUGUACCAUGUUCCAAGCUAAUAGACUCUUUCAACCCAUCGACUGGAGAGGUUUAUUGCAAAGUUCCAGACAGUGGAUCUGAGGAGGUGGAUGCUGCAGUGAGGGCAGCCACAGAAGCCUUUCCUGAUUGGUCCGCAAAGAGUCCAGCAGAGAGAUCCAAAGUACUGAAUAAACUAGCUGACCUGAUAGAGGCUAAACUGGACGAGUUUGUCCAGGCUGAGUCUAAAGACCAGGGAAAGACUAUAACUUUUGCCCGAAAUGUGGACAUUCCACGAUCAGCGUACAACUUCCGUUUUUUUGCUUCGUCUGUCCUGCAUCACACUAAUGACUGCAGUCAGAUGGAUCACAUGGGCUGUCUCAACUACACAGUACGCUGUCCUGUAGGAGUGGCUGGUCUCAUAAGCCCAUGGAACCUGCCGUUGUACCUCCUGACCUGGAAGAUUGCCCCGGCUGUUGCUGCAGGCAAUACUGUGGUGGCGAAACCCAGUGAAAUGACCUCCGUCACUGCCUGGAUGAUGUGUCAACUAUUGGAGGAAGCUGGCUUUCCACCUGGAGUGAUCAACAUUGUCUUUGGUACGGGCCCACGAGCCGGGGAUGCCCUGGUGUCCCACCCUGACGUGCCGUUGAUCUCAUUUACAGGGAGCACAGCUACAGCAAGACUUAUAACAGAGCGCAGUGCACCGUACUGUAAGAAGCUUUCCCUGGAGCUUGGCGGAAAAAACCCGGCUAUUAUAUUUGCUGAUGCUGACAUGGAGCAGUGCAUCAGCACUACUGUACGAUCCAGCUUCUCCAAUCAGGGAGAGAUCUGUCUGUGCACCAGCAGAAUCUUUGUUGAGCGCAGCGUUUACCCAGAAUUCCUUGCUCGUUUCGUGGAGGCGGCUCGUCGGUGGAAAACUGGAGCGCCCUCUGACCUUUCCAACGACAAUGGAGCGCUCAUCAGCAAAGAGCAUCUACAGAAGGUUAAAGGUUAUGUUUCUUUGGCGCUGGAAGAAGGUGCCAAGGUGCAUUGUGGGGAGGGUGUGGACAAACUUAUCCUUCCACAACAAAAUGCAGGUGGCUACUUCAUGUUGCCCACUAUCAUCUCUGGAGUGAAAGACUCGUCCGCAUUGAUGCAGGAAGAGAUUUUUGGUCCUGUAACCUGUGUGACACCCUUCGAUGAGGAGGAGGAAGUUAUAUCACGGGCCAAUGGUGUCCGCUAUGGUUUAUCCGCCACAGUGUGGUCCCGAGAUGUGGGGCGCGUGCACAGGGUUGCUAGGAAACUGCAGGCUGGGUUGGUGUGGACCAACUGCUGGCUGGUCAGAGAUUUAAACCUCCCCUUCGGUGGCAUGAAAAACUCGGGCAUUGGUCGAGAGGGGGGAAAAGACUCGUACCACUUCUUCACUGAGGUCAAGUCCAUCACCAUCAAACACUGACACAGAAUGAGGCAGUAUACGAGUCACUGUGUGCUUCAUGUGUCAUCUCAAAUAUGCAUACAAAUUAUAUAGAGGAAGCAAUCAGACUUGAUAUGACUGGGAAUAAAGUCCAAGAGAAAAUCUAAGUGCUUCAUACUGAUUUUGGUGAUUGAAUGUGGGUGAAUCUUCUCAGUGGUCUUAAACUGAUAUUUUCUUAGAAUAUUUGAUUUUAAGACAUAUGAGUCUUCAAUUUUAUUGCUUAGAAGUUGCUAUUUUACAGGUCUGCUUUGUCUUAUUUUUAAUUAACUUCUUUUAAUUAAAUUCCUAAAAAAGCAAUAAAGACGCAAAUGAGUUUAUUUUUAAUAUAAAAAAUAUAUAGCUGUUAAAUGGAGGGGCAGAUCUCAGCUUAGUAAUUCGGUUUUGGACAAAUUUGAUCAAAUCUGUGAGUUUUGACUGCAGAAUUUAAUAUCUUGGAGAGAUACUUAAAAAACAGUGAAAAAAUGAUGAUAUUGAUUCAAAGAUGAAAGGAUAAAUGAUUGAUGGGUUUCAAAAUGACAAUGAAUAGACAUAAAUAGGCAUUUUAAACUAAAGUUAAUUCAUGUUUAAAAAUGUAUUUACAAGAAAUGUAAAAGUUUAAAAAUGAUUUUAAAUUAACAAUUGAAAUUACAAUGUCUAAAGUACAUUUGUUGAUUCAUAGAAAUGCUAUUUGGCAAAAGGAUUGAGAGAAACAAUUGGCCAGUGCUUUUUUAAAUGCAAUUUAAAACUUUUAAAAUGCAUAUCUGAACCUGGAUUACAAAGUCAGUCAUAAGCCACACAAGUAUUUGAAGAAAUAACCAACAAUACAUUGGACAGGUCAAAAUUAUAAUGUUUCUAUGCCAAAAUAUUAAGUAAAGAUCAUGUUCCAUUAAGAUAUUUCUUGUACAUUUCCUGCCAUAAAUAUAUCAAAACUUUAUUUUUGAUUAGUAAUAUGCAUUGCUAAGGACUUCAUUUGGACAACUUUAAAGGCGAUUUUCUCAAUAUUUUGAUUUUCCACUUUCAUAACAAACCAAUGGAAAGCUUAUUUAUUCAGCUUUCAGAUGAUGUACAGUAGAAAAUCCAAAUUUAAAAAUAUUUACCAUUAUUGAUGGUUUUGUGGUCCAGGGUUCACAUCUUUUUAUUGUCAAAAUACAUUUUAUACAAAAAAACUGUAACAU